CAGUUGCUUCUUUGUGGAUAGGCCUUCAGCACAAUUUGCUUGGCUCAAAUUUCAUGCACAGAUCGCCAACAAAAAAAAGCCCCAAAACAAAAAUCAAAGGAAAAAAUAAUCAAGCACAAGACCAAGAUUUAAUGAUUUCCCACCAAAAUCCCUUCUAAAUUCUCACCCUCCUCAAAAAGACAAAGCAAAAAAAUCUCACUUCCAUGGCGACGUCAAUCUCACCCCUCCACUCCUCCCUCUUCUCCUCUCCUUCGAAGCCCAAACCUUUCUUCAAGAUUCUCGCCAUGGCCCCUAAAAAGAAGGUCAACCGCUACGACGACAACUGGAAAAAACAGUGGUUUGGCGCCGGCCUCUUCGCCGAGGGCAGCGAAGACGUCAACGUCGACGUCGUCAGGAAACUCGAGCAGCGAAAAGUCCUAAGCGGAGUCGAAAAGGCCGGGCUUUUGUCGAAAGCGGAGAGCCUAGGGCUCACAUUGUCCUCAAUUGAGAAACUAGGGUUUUUCUCUAAAGCUGAAGAGCUUGGGUUGCUGAGCCUCGCUGAGACUGCUGCUGACGUGUCGCCUUCGACGUUGGCUUCGUUGUCGUUGCCGCUGUUGGUGAUGGCGAUCACUGCCGUUGGAUUGUUCGUCGGGUCGAUUGUGCUCGCGGGGUUGCAGGAAUCGGAUUGAAGGAAGGAACGCGUGUAAGAGAUCUUCCAACUUAGAAGACCAAGCUUUAGUUACCAUGAGCUGAUUCAAGUCCAUGUGAUCUUCUAAAGAAAAAUGCGGUUCUAGCGAUGGCAACUGUAAUCAGCAUCCAUCGACGACUGAGUUUCUGUGGCAGUGUGGAGAGUCUAACUCGAGAAGGAUUGAUCAGAUCAAUGCAUAGAGGACAUCCUUAUUUAACUCGGUCCUAUUUUUUAAAUAUAGAACAAACUAAUGCGAGUUCUACUUUUGUAUAUGAAUAUGUUCUCAGUACUCUUUGAGCAGAUAUCGACAUUCCUCUUAUUUUCAUUAUAUCACCAUUCAAGCUUUUCUGCAUCAAAGUAAAA